AUGUUGCUGGUCUUCAAUGUGGUUGUCAUCUUGUGCGGCAUUGGGCUGAUGGUUGCCGGAGGCAUCGCUGAGUACAACGUUGCAAAGUAUUUGAGCAAAGAUGUCAUUGAGCUUCACGCCUUCGUUAUUUUCAUAAUCGCUUUUGGUGGUCUCCUCACGAUAACCGGAAUUUUUGGUUUCGUUGGCGCGUGCAUGAAAAGUGUCUGUCUCCUCACCUUUUACAUCAUUCUCCUGGUGAUAUUCAUCCUCGGUGGCAUCGCAGCCGCGAUUGCUGGGCUAAUUCUCAAAGAUAAGGUGCUAGAUUAUGUCGACAAAGUUCUCGAGGAAACCUACCGAACUUAUGGUGAUUCAGUCUCCAAAAGAGUGAUUGACCUAGUCCAGAAGGAGCUUGAAUGCUGUGGUCCUGAUGGCACAUGGCCAGCGUACUUGCAACAACCUCCACCGGCUUCCUGUUUUAGCCCCUCAGGGGAUCUGUAUGUAGAAAGUUGCGUCUGCGCACUGGACGAUUAUCUGCGGAAGAACAUACUUGCCAUAGGAGUAUGCGCUGCUAUAUUCGCAGCAUUGAAUGUUUUGGCGCUCAUCUUCGCAUUGUGCGGCAUUGGGCUGAUAAUUGCCGGAGGCAUCGCUGAGUACAACGUGGCGAUGUAUUUGAGCAAAGAUGUCAUUGAACUUCACGCCUUCGUUAUUUUCAUAAUCGCUUUUGGUGGUCUCCUCACGAUAACCGGAAUUUUUGGUUUCGUUGGCGCGUGCAUGAAAAGCGUCUGUCUCCUCACCUUUGUGCUUAACUAUGUCGACAAAGUCCUCGAGGAAGUCUAUGGAACUUACGGUGAUCCACUGUCUGUAAAAUUGGUUGACCUGAUCCAGAAGAAUCUUCAAUGCUGUGGUCCUGAUGGCAUAUGGCCAGUGUACUUGCAACAACCUCCACCGGCUUCCUGUUUCAGCCCCCAAGGUGAACUCUAUAUAGACAGUUGCGUCUGCGCACUGGACGAGUACCUCCGGAAGAAUAUAACUGCCAUAGCCAUCUGUGGUCUCAUAUUCACAGUGUUGAAUAUUUUGGCGCUCAUCUUCGCUAUUUGUGUGUGUAUGGCUCUCAAGUCCGAAGUCAACAAUCCUGAAGUGAUCUGUGACCCAUUGUGCGGCAUUGGGCUGAUAAUUGCCGGAAGCAUCGCUGAGUAUAACGUGGUGACGUAUUUGAGCAACGAUGUCUCGAAUCUUCAUGUCUUUGUCAUAUGCAUUAUAGUUUUUGGUGUUCUUCUCACGAUCAUUGGUAUCUUCGGAUUCUUUGGUGCUUGUGGAAAGAAUAUAUGCUGUCUCACCGUGUACAUUAUGCUUCUGUUGUUAUUCACCUGGGGUGAAAUAGCUGUCGCGAUUGCCGGGUUCGUACUCAAAGAUAAGGUGCUGGGCUACGUGGAUGAAGUUCUAUGGGAAUCGUACAAAACCUACCGCACCGGCGUGUCUACAAAUUUGAUCGAUCUAGUCCAGGAGAAUUUGCAAUGCUGCGGUCCAUAUGGUCACUGGCCAAUCUACUUGGGACUAGCUGCACCGUAUUCAUGCUUUGAUAAAAAUGGAUACCUAUACGGACAAGGAUGCGUAGAUGCAUUGAACAAUUACAUCAAGACGAAUAUCGUUGUCAUAGCGAUUUGCGCUCUCGUAUUCACAGUUUUGAACCUCUUGGCGCUCAUCUUCGCGGUAUGUGUGUGCAUGGCCCUGAAACGCGGCGACGAUGUGUGA